UGCUGAUGUGAAGUACAACCAACAGUUUCCGAAAAGUUUGACCUCGGCUUUGAAGAUGUCGGGCAAACAAGACAAAAGUGCAAAGUUGGGACUCGUAGCAAUUGGCUUGACACUUGUAACCAUUCUCAGUGUGUGGAAGUUAAAACGGUUUAAAUACAGACUUAUAAAUGAAACUGGAGGUGCAAUGUUUUAUGGCAUGCUUGUGGGUUUAACAGUGAGAUGCUUGUCAUUUGACCGGGGAGGUCAUGUGGACGAUAUGGAAACUGUGUGCAUUUGUGGUGGUCUUAACAGCACUCCUCACAUCUUGACGGUCAACAUCACAUCACACAUUCACUGUUUUAGACAUGUUGGGAAAGUCAGCCAACAAUGCCCACCGAUCUCAACCACUCAUACGGAGACCUUUGAUCCUGAGGUCCUUUUCAAUCUAUUCCUGCCACCCAUCAUCUUCCAUGGAGCUUACACCCUUAAUCAGAAACGAUUCAUUGAGAAUCUUGGAUCCGUUCUGACCUUUGCAUUUUUGGGAACCAUAAUCAGCUGUCUGACCAUAGGGGCCUGCGUCUACGGCUUCACCAGACUGAUGGUCCUGUUGGGCCAAGCAGCAGAUGGAGACUUCUUCUUCACUGAUUGCCUCCUGUUUGGUGCCAUUAUUUCAGCCACUGACCCAGUUGCAGUCCUUGGCCUGUUGUCAGAGCUGCGUGUGGACCCGGAUCUGCUCACCCUGCUGUUCGGCGAGAGUGUCCUGAAUGAUGCUGUGGCCAUUGUCCUGACACAUGCCAUCACCACCUAUACCCAGAUGGGUGCAGGACACACCUUCGACCCCCAUGCCAUCCUCCUCUCUGUUGGUUAUUUUCUUGGAGUGCUUGCCGGCUCCUUCCUCUUGGGUUUCAUAUUCACAGUCAUAACAGCCCUCCUCACCAAAUUCACUCGGCUAUGUGAGAAUCCACUGCUGGAAACAUCUGUCUUCUUUCUGUUGUCCUGGAGCAGCUUCCUCUCAGCUGAAGCUAGUGGACUUUCAGGUAUUGUGGCGGUGCUGUUUUGUGGCCUGAGCCAGGCAAGGUACACGAUUCACAAUUUAUCUUCCCAGGGUAGGACCAGGACCAAGGAGCUCUUUGAAGUCUUCAAUUUCCUGGGGGAGAUUUUCAUCUUCAGCUACAUGGGAUAUGCAUUGUUGACGUUUCCUCACGUCUUCAAAGCUCUCUUCAUUACUGGGGCAUUUAUCUCCAUCUUUAUAUCAAGAGCCUGCAACAUCUACCCCUUUUCAUUCCUCCUCAACCUGGGACGCACAACCAAGAUACCUUGCCCCUUCCAGCACUUCAUGAUGUUUGCAGGUUUCAGGGGGGCUGUAGCGUUAAGCCUGGCUCUGAGAGACACAUCCACAGAAGUGAGGCGCACCAUCCUCACCACCACUCUGCUGCUGGUCAGCUUCACCAUCUGGCUGCUGGGUACGGCUGCUCAUCCCAUGCUGCGCCGUCUGAACAUCAGAGUGGGGGUGGAUGCAGAUGAAAGUCCAGAAGACCUUUCUCAUGAGGUUUCUACAGGGAGGCCAGACACAACACGGGGCCUGUGGCACCAUCUGGACUACAAAUAUCUAAAGCCGGUGCUGACACAUUGUGGCCCUCCACUCACCGACUCACUGCCACAGUGGUGUGGGCCAUUUGCCAGACUCUUCAGCAGCCCCCAUGUCCAGGAGGUUGAAGAGCAGCUGUGUGAGACUGAACCACAUGACUCCACCUUUGAUUUGGAGAAAACAGAAAACCAGCUUGGAUCUAUAGGAGGCGACUCUGGAUCGGCGCACCAGGAAGACCUGCUGGAGGGAGACCUGGGACUUGGCACUGUUCCUGCUCUCGCCAGGGAGGCCUGAAGCUCCAGGAGUCACCUCCAAGCCAGCGUAUCAGAGUCUGCUGCCCUGAGGCUAAGGCCGUGCCUCCCACAGUGAGUGGGGUCACUGGCCGGGGCAUCUGAGAGGAGUCGACCGGGAGUCAGUGUUACAAUGACUCCCAAAAGGUUAUGCACUCCCCUUGUGCUGGCACGCAUGCAAAGACACACUCGCACAGGGAUAAAUUCCAAAGGCCAUUGCUCUUUCUGUUGCUUUGCUGAUGAUUUUCUUGGCUUGUUUGCUCCCGUUUCAAGGAAUUUAAGACCUGGAAUAGUAUGAUUAAUCCUGCUUUAAGUGCCUAAUGUUUAACAUAACUGACAGGAAGCAGAAAUUGCCCUGUGUGUGCUCAGUCUGCUUUUCUGCAGCAAGUAGAGUGAUAAUGCAGUUCUGGUGAAGAUACAACAUGUUGAGUCACACACAAAUUGCCAGUGGAGCAUUUUUGUGUUAGUCGGUUACAUAAGGUCUUGAUUUCAGAGGUUGCAGGAGAAUUUCUCAUGAAUAUUUGCUGUGAUUGAACACCAUGGUAUUUCCCUUAAUCAGCUGAAAUGGUAUUUUUUCUGCCAACUUUGCUUUGCUCUUCCCCAACUCCUUAUUAAACUUUUAAUGCACUGUUUUCUGCUACAAUCCCUUUAACAAAUUCUAAAUGUAUUCCACUAAAUGUAUUACCCCCCACCCCCCAUCUCCCUCCACAACUUGCGUAUCAUUCUGUGGCAGUCUAGAAUACUUCCGAAUGCUUAAGUCUGUCAACAGCAUUUGGCUAAGAGACUAUUAGCAUGUAAGGUUUCCUCUGACUUCUUUAUAGAUUGCACUUUGCUGCUUUAUGAGUGUUUCAUUAUAUAUCUCUGGGCCCCAUUUGCCUUGUGUGAAGCAGGGUGUUGUGCACAAAUCCAAUCUGUGAAGGUUAAGCUUUGUGAAUAUGCAGACUGUUUUCUCAUGUUAAUAAAGCCAUUGUCCUUGGA